UCCUUGGUCUGUGUUCUGUGAUUCAGCCGCCACUUUCUUUUCCACAAUCCUUUUUAAUUUCCUUAACUAACCUUUAAAAAUUCCUGAAUUUCUGAAUAUUCUUCUCCCAAUGGAGCAACCAAUCUGCCCUUGUCCUUUUAUCAUGCCAUGUUUUCCAGCUGAAGAGGCAAGGGAAUUGUGUUGCUCAGCAGCUUCACUAGUCAUUUCUAAAUUGUUCCAUGCUAUCUUCAUCUGUAUAUUUUCAGUGGUUGGAGCAACUUUAGGAGCCAUGGUUGGAGCUUUUGUUGGGGCCAAAACCAAGACCGGUUGGCUUCAUGGAGCGACGGUUGGGGCCAUAAGAGGCAGCUUUUUCUCCAUCAAGUUGUUCGAAUUUUCACUCAUAGUUUGCAGCUCCGAUGAUAUGGCAACCAGUUAUUUCUUCCAACCGAUAAACGCAUUUGACUCUGCAUUCAACGGAGUCCCAAGGAGUGGAGGGGUGUCAAAGGAGUCAAUAAGAAACAUUCCAACCAUCAUAAUCACAGAAGAAAACGUAUGGGAUUCAUCCAGGAACCCAAUCUCUUGUUCCAUAUGCCUUCAGGACUUCAUGCAUGGGGAAAUAGUUCAUAGCUUGCCACAUUGUCACCAUAUGUUUCAUAUAUCGUGCAUCAAAAAGUGGCUAGUUGGGCAUAAAUCUUGCCCUUUGUGCAGGAGAAAUGUUUAACGGACAAUUAAAUUCUGCCUUUGUAGAAGGUCUGGACGCGUUUUUCUCGUCAACAACGUAUAUAUUCACGUAGUACAAGCUCGACUAAACGAGAUAUAAUACUAAGACCAAACCUUGCGUGCAUAAACAUUAACACUAGCUUCUAAUUGAAAUGUAAUUUAUUUAUUUAUUUUGUAUGUACUAGGGAAAUCCCUAUUUUUUCCGGCUCGUGUCUUCCCUUUUUAUAUAGUUUACAAAUAGAGGAAGCAUGCAUGCAUUAUAAACUUCGAACCACUUGCUUGGUUUGGGUUCCCAAUCUCAUCAACCAAGUGUUCCCAAUCUCAUCAACCAAGUCAUUCGUAACUAAUUUCCACGUUAAUAAGGGAGACUCUGUCAAUGUUGAUUCAAACGACACUGGAAAGCGCUAACCAGCAGCCAGUGCAAACCCAUGUGGAAAAUUCCAUGUAAAAGGAGCCUCCGCCACAAAGUUGACAAAAAAGAAUAUUUCAAACGACAUUGGAAACUACCAACCAGCAGCCAGUGCCAUGAGGAAAACAUGGUGCUUACUAGACUUUAGACAUUGUCAUAGCCAAAGGAUAUAUAUCCAAAACCUAGGAAUAUUUCAAACGCUUGAAGCUAAAAUGUAACUUAAGUUGCUGCAGUUGGAUGGCAAUCAGUUUGGCUGGAGAAGGAAGGGGAAAAACAACAUAAACAUCACCUUAAUAGAAUGCUAUACACGCUUUCUUGUUACUGUCAAAUGUCAUAUUCAUGGCUUCAGCUACCUACAAUAAUAUUCCAAGUCCAAACCUACAUAGCAUUUAUAAACCAUCAAUGAAGGGAAAAGCAAAUGAACAAACAGGAAGUCUUAUCAUCCUGAUCAAACUAAGAUUAAUCAAAGCUACCUCAACUAGAAACAUAUAGCGGUAAGCCCCAGCUGAUGAUCACUUGCUUUCAAAUGAGCCUGCAAAGGCAGGCUCCACGGCUCUCAUGCACCUGGGGUGCACCUCGUACCCGCAUUCCAGACAUUGGGUAAGCCCAGCCAGACCCCGCUCAUCACAGUCACAGCAUAUAAAGGGCCCUCCUCCAGUGCCUUCAGUCAGAUACCAAACUAAGCUCAUGGCGAUGAUCCGCAUGGUACUCGGAUUUUGGUAAAUUUUUAGCUGCCUCCUCCAUUUCUUUCUCUAGCAACUCCAUUUUGGCAUCUGUGAAAGGGUAUGCGUUUUCCUUGUAAAGAUUUAAAAGACUUCUAGCUUUCUUGGUUACAGUUUUGCCAUCACGCCCUAUAAUUAUCAAAUAAGGAAAGGCUUGCACAUCGAGGUACUUUGCAAGACUUUUAAUAGUGGGGUCUUCAAAGGGUAGCGCUAGCCAUUGCAUGGUACCAAAGCAGGAGUCAAAUGAACAUUGAUGAUCACGAUCAUUUGACACAAAAGCUACUUCAAAAUCCUCACUACCUUUUUCUUCCAAAGUAAUUUGCUUUAUUUUCUGGUAGAUGGAUAUCAGCUUGGAAGUGAACUUAAUUAGAACAUAGAAAGCACCAUUGAGCUGAGAAGUAGAGUCCAACUGUCUUACAGAUAAAGGAAUCAACUAGCACCUGCAAAUGAAAUAACAAGAAUAGAGUAAUAGACUCGUUAAAUAAAUGAAGAUAAAUAAAAAAAACUUCAUUUUAGAAUAUCAUAUGCUUCAUGAUUAAAAAAAUUGGAAAAAUUGGUUUGGGUUUGUGUUGAGUAUCUUUUUCUCUCUUUCUUUUUCUUAGAGUCCAUUCUUCAUAUUUAUAAGGUGCAGUUCCUUGACGUACUAGAGACAACUAAGUGUCAAGCAUGGUCACAUGUUACCCCCUAGGGGUGACAGAUGUCUUGAGUGAUAAUCCCCAAAAAACUAAGUUGGUGAGCUGAAUGCAGGCGAACAGGGAGAGGGCGAGCUGAGUGGUGAGCUGAGAAGGAUAUGGCUAUUUAGGCGAUCCCUUAAGAGAGGAGGUGUAAAGUAAAGGGGGUCGGGUCAGACAUGGAUCUCCAGUUGGAUAGUGGCGUGCCCUAUAACAAUUUGUCCCCCUGCCUUGUUGAAGAAGAGUUAUAAAGUGACUCUUCUGAGACAGGCUUACGUGAGUGAAGCAUGUGAAUGAGGCUUACUACGUACGUUUUGGUGUAAAACUUGUUGCGUACAUUUUUCCGUACGAUAAUGAGGUACAGUUGUAAAAAAUGAUUCGGGCUUAUUUCUUAAGGAAAUGAACCGUUCUGAAAAAAAUUUAUUCCUUAAAUAACUUCUGCUUAGCCCUAUCUUACACUUAUCUUUCAAAGGAGCUGUCAGCAAGAAGGAACUCGUUGUUUAUAGGUAAAAGCCCUCGAAUUUUCUACUGUCGUUUCGAUUAUUUUAAGCAUGAUUGUUUAUCAUGGUUAGAGUCAGAAUAGGUUUGGGUGGAAGGGGCGGUGGCGUACUGGUCGUGGUAACCAGGCUCAUGGGUCUGAAUUUAUGGAUAAGGAUGGUAACCGUCAGGAGCGUUAUGAGGCCUGCGUACCUAUGGAAGCAAACGCCUACUUGUGCUCGACAAAACAGGACAAGAUGGUUUGUCAUCUCACGGUUCGGGGUUUUUAGUUGCCAAACUUCGCCUUUGAUUUUUCGAAUGUCCAGGGCACAAGGAGAUUGAGUGACAUAUAUAGAGGGAGGUUUCCUCUUGCCCUUGCACGUAUUGGAGGCAAAAUUCCACCUUCUUCUUCACCUUUGCUUUUGUAUUGUUCUUCAAGAGUAUAGGAUCACCCCAGGACAACUGGUUGGUUUCUCGUGGUGGAUUUUGGUUGCCUACUUUGUUGAUUGCUGCCUUCGGGGUGAACCUUUGCUGUUAUCCAUCUUUCAGCAUAUUUAUCAGUUAAAAGCUUUUACUCGAGGGAGCUCCCUAGGGUUGGUCUAUUUCAGCCAUUGAGAAGGGUCUGAAUCCAUCAUUUGCAAUUGGUCGUCAAAUCUUUGUAUCAACCAUUAUAAAUACAUACGGGUCAAAUUGGGAGCUAAAUAUGCACAUGCUAGCCAAAACUGAUGCCUAGGUCGCGACACCAAGACACUGAUGUCGCAACACCAAAAAAAGAAGCAAAAAGAAGAAUUGGAACGAAACUGCCUACUAUGUCGCGAAACACUUCCUGCUAUGUCGUGACACUGACCUAUGUUGCAACACGGCUUUUGCACGUUGAAAUAGUAGAUCUAGAGAAGAACUAGAGCGAAGCAUUAUAGAGCUACCAAGUAGAGACGAUAAAGAAUCUUCAAGAUUAUUUACUGAAGUUGAAUUAAACAUCUUGUUGCAUGCCCAGGUUAUUGUCGGGCCUUCCAAUGUUCAAUGCGUAGACUUCAAUGCUCUAAGUUACCUUACUGAUGCCAAGUUAGGUUUCAACAUUUUUUUCCCCUUUUGGAGCGGAAAGAGAAGAGUUUUCAGAACAUUGGAAAAAGUUAGAGAGACUUUUCCUAUCUGAUGAACUUGCUGAGGCAUGCAUUGUUCGCAUUGAAGAGGCAGUUGAGGGUGGGGGCAACGAAGAAGAAGACAUUGAAGUUGACAUGGAUGGUGUAGACCAAAACAACUAGCUUUAUAUAUGUUGACUUGUAUUUGAUGUGUUUUGGUUUGUAAUUUGAAUUGAAUUUUGUUAGAUUGAUAGAGCUCUAAUUUUGAAUCACUCAUUGUGGGUUUAUUUUAUUUUCUGUCAAUUUAUUAUUUGACAACGUUGAACUA